AUGAGCCAGGAACAGCCCAUCAAAUACGGCGACGUUUUCAACGUCUCAGGCGAAUUGGCAUCGAAACCCAUCAUGCCAAGAGACGCAGCUCUUAUGCAGGCAACAGAGAACCAAGCGUUGGGACAAACCCAAAAGGGCGGUCCUGCCGCCGUCAUGCAAUCCGCGGCAACAGUCAACACCACCGCCGGUCUCGUUGGCCGCGACGACAUCUCCGAGGUUGCCAGAGACCAAGGCGUCAGCAUCUCCGAAACCAAGGCAGGUGGAAACCGUAUCAUCACCGAGUCAGUUGGGAACCAAGUUGUGGGACAGUUCGUGGAACCUGAUGUGCCAAUGAAUGCUCCUGCUAUUGCUCUUGACCCAAAUGCCAUAACCAUUGGCGAGGCACUUGAAGCGUCUGCGGUAACAAGAGCAGGCAAUAAACCGGUGGAUCAAAGCGACGCCGCUGCAAUACAAGCCGCUGAAAUGAGAGCCACCGGAAACAAUGAGCUAGAACCUGGCGGUUUGGGCGCCACAGCCCAGUCAGCAGCCACUCGGAACACUCGGACUCUACAGAAGACAACAUUAUCUGAUGUCUUAUCGGAUGCGAGGGAGAAGCUGCCAGCGGAUAAGGCGGUAACGCGAGAAGAUGCAGAGGGAGUGAUUGGAGCAGAGCUUAGAAACAAACUUGACAUGAGAACCACCCCUGGUGGUGUGGCUGCAUCCGUCGCCGCAGCAGCCACGCUUAAUCAAAACAAGUUAGCUUAA